AUGUCUUUUGCCAUUGAUAAAAUUCUUAUUAGUCUUGGUUUUAUGCUCUUAUUCACUUUGCUCAUCGGUGCAUGUACUGGUCUAGCUGUCGAUGCUACUUAUCCCGAUCUUUUUCGUCACUUAAAUGAAGAUCGUAAUUCUGGCGAUGAUAUUCAUUAUUUGGCUAAACGACGUUUUUUACCUACGCGACGUGAAUUAUAUCGAUAUGUCAAUGAUGAUUUCAGCAAUGAAGACAAUGACGAAGAUUCCAAUUUAAAUAGAAAGCAGUAUUUUCUGAAAUCUACACGUUAUUUUCCUAAUAGAAAACGAGACAAUGUAAGAUUUCCUUUUUGA